CCCCUGGGCUUUGGUCUGGACACAGAAGGGAUACAGCUGGAAAUUCCAGUGGUAGCUAUGUACUCUGGUCAUUGAGCAAAUUAUUGGUCGUUCCCAUGUUUUAUGCAAAACAGAUUUUUCAAAUGGAAAAAGUAGUAAAUCCGAAGUCGUGAGAAUAUCAUGCCUUUCAUACAUGCACGAGGGAUCCAUUGCAAGUACGUGAACCAGACUAGCUAGCUAAGCUACUGUUAGCAUCACUUGCCCUGGUAUGCUGGUGGUUUGUCCCUGACGCUAUGUUUUUAUAUAAUUGAUUUUGUCACAGGGUAAAGCAGUGGCGCACCGCUAAAAGGUUUAACGUAGGAACUCUGUGCUAAAAUGACAUGAAGUCAGAACAUGCCUUGGGAUGACUCCUUUUGCAACUUUGUUACUAAUGUUUCCGUUCGUAAACACUGCGUCGCUACAUGCAUUUAAUUGUGUUAUGCGUGAGGUAAUAGCUAAACAUUGUCCAUGCUUGCCUGCUGUGUAGCUAGUUAUGUUAGUUAGCUAUCGAUAGCUCAUUAAUGCAAGCCACAGCUUGGAUUUUAAUUUCUCAGUAAACCAAAGAGAUGUUACUUAUAUGAGUAUGACAUACAUGGUAUGUAUGAUACUAUGGAUGAUCAACAACUGGGAUAUGUUUGCUGACACUGGCCACACAUGAAAUGAGACGAUAUGGAUCCGCAGUUAUCCUUUUUUUUUGCCAAUAGCUGUCCUGCAUAACUAAUCGAUUGCCAGCUAACAACUGGAUGACGAAGAAGGCAAUUCUGUGUGGAGGAGACAUGUAAAUUGACUUUAUUGCUUAUUUACGGUAUAUGCCAUCGCGCCAACAAACCUUUAAACUGGUCUACUAUGGCGGUUAGCGGGGUGAGUCUUCUUUCCCAAUCCGGGGACGUGGCUGUCCCGGGAGUGGUUCUGUCUGCUAUGCCUUCUUCCAACACGCCAAUGUCUGCCCCCCCCACGCGAAAUGCGGACACCCGUGGCUGCGAGAAUGGUGACUUGAUGGACUCUUUCGGCAUCUUCCUGCAAGGCCUGCUAGCGAUGGUGGCCUUCAGUACGCUGAUGUUGAAGCGCUUCAGGGAGCCCAAGCAUGAGCGAAGACCCUGGAGGAUCUGGUUCCUGGACACCUCCAAACAGGCCAUUGGUAUGCUAUUCAUUCACUUUGCCAACAUCUACCUGUCUGACCUCACAGAGGAGGACCCCUGCUCACUUUACCUCAUUAACUUUCUCCUGGAUGCGUCUCUUGGAAUGCUGCUGAUCUAUGCCGGGGUGAGGGCCGUCAGUGCUAUCAUAGAGUGGAGGCAGUGGGACGCUCUACGCUUCGGAGAAUAUGUAACUGUGUGUGUGCGCGCAGGAGAACCAGGGCAGUGUACUGCGUGGGCGGGCCAGUGUGCUCUCUACAUCCUCAUCAUGAUGUUUGAGAAGGUCCUCAUCAUCCUGGUCUUACUCCUCCCCCAAUGGAAGAAGCUGGCUCUCCUGAACCCCAUAAACAACCCUCAGUUGGAGCUGGCCAUCGUCAUGCUCAUCGUCCCGUUCUUCGUUAACGCCCUGAUGUUUUGGGUGGUAGAUAACUUCCUGAUGAAGAAGGGGCGGACAAAAGCCAAGCUGGAGGAGCGAGAGGUGGGGGAGGACGUGCGGGGCAACAGUAAGGUGCGCUACAGACGGGCACUCUCCCACGACGACGCAGAGUCUGAGAUCCUGUUCUCGGCUGACGAUGAGAUGGACGACUCGUCAGAGGAGGAUGUGCGCCGACUCACUGGCCUCAAGACGGUCAAGAAGAAGAAGCACCGUAUGGGGAUCCCUGUUUGACCUGGGCCUACCCAGUCUGACCUGGUCUGACCCACUCCCGUGUCCACUCACAUCCCCACUCUCUCCCUCUCCAGGCCCUGCUGCCCUGACUGGAGCCUGCUGGGAACCUGUACUUGAUUCCUCUAACAGCAGUCUGGGAUUGGUCUCUAUGUGGAGUGAGUAGGGUGCCUUUGUAGGGAGGUGGGAUCAUGGAGGACUGCAGAUCAUGGAGCCUAUUAGACUGCCUUUACUACACAUUAACAUGGAACUCCAGCAGCCUGUACACUGGGAAUAGAAACACAUGGAAAGGAUUUUACUGCAGCUAAGCACAUACCAUGUCUAUAUGAGAUUUCACCAUAGAUCUAUCCCUGGUGUUUCAGUGACACUCGUUGGGGAAAUGAAUCUUGAUAUGGAUGUUGGGAAAACUGUUAACACUGGUCUAUAAUAGGGGGGUUUGAGUUUGUGAUGCAGUAUAAUUGCUAGCACCCUUCACUAAAGAUCCUAUUAAAUUACUAUUAUUAUUCUAAUUCUUAAUUCUGUUCCACACUGACUCUUCAGAGGUCCAGAAUGAUAUUACUGCAUCUGGUUAAGCUGUGAAUGGGUGUUACUUUUUCUGUGGUUUAGCAGGUGACCUCGGUUGGAUGUAGACGGAGAGAACAGGCACCUGGUAUUGAACUCAGCGUUUUCCCCUGCCUUUAAGUAAACCUCUGUCAUUUUAACAUUUUAAUACAUUUGAUACGCUUCCGAAUCAAAACGUGAUUGUAUUCCUCAUCUAGAUUCUAUAAAUGAAGUGUCUGUCUCAUCCUCAGCUAGGCUGACUGCUAUGGCCUGUUAUAGGAGUUGGUGGAGUGUGUGUGUCUGUGUGAACAUUUCCAUUCGUGCAUAACUAAGGGAAUGUGGGAGGUGUGGUUUGAUGUGCCAAUGGAGGCUUUGCUCUGUAAAGAUGCAGUGUUUUAUAAUAACCACAGCACUCACAUUUCUAACUGUUUCAACCUCUACAUGACUGCAGAGGGAGGACAGUGCAGCUUGGGCGUGUGUGUUCCCAGUUAUCACUGGUCCAUGGAUGUUCUUUGUGUUCAUUCUUUGUUUUUGACAAUGUCCCUGUGUGAACUUACCAUGUUUGUGAGUGUUCAUUUUGUGCCCCAGAUCUUUAGACAGUAGCAUUCAGUUGGUUUGGCUCAGAUGUUGAGAAUGUGACAGAAGCACAGACCUAGAGUGUGAGUGACUUUUGGAGCCGACAGUACAGCCGACAGGACAGUGCAGGUAUGUUUGGAUGUAUGAGUGUGUUUGUCUUAAUGCUCCUGUUCAAAGUAAGGAGUGGGGAUAAAUUAAAUGUGAUGAUGACCAUGGUGCUGAUGAUGAACAGUUUGACAAUGAUGAUGUUGUUGGCUGAAACAUAGGAAUAAAUGACGGUAGGGUUUGGUAAA